CAGAAAUAAAAUAGAACUACACCUACGGAACGCCUGAGGAACAUUUCUGUGUGCGGAAGUGCCACUGGGACAGUCAUGUAAACAGCACAUACCUGAGGAGUUCCCAAAACUGGCCAACAGCUUUUAUCAUCACAAUGCUGAGAGCGACAGACGACGGACACGUAAUGAGCGAAACUCGCUUAUUUUCCUCGGAGGUAAUGAGGCGUUCAGGAACCGUGAGAGUCAGCGGGAGCGUCGCGUCAGGAGAGGCUGACGCUGCGGCUACAGGACGGAGGCUCGACGCCGACCGGAGAGGCCACAGAAAGUGGUCGGUGGUUGCCCUGUCUGUCCUGAGCUCCGCCGUGUUCGUGGCCGCUGUCGGUUGUUUCUGCGCCCUAGUUUACCCGAUCAUGAAAGAGCUGCGGGCAGAGAGAGUGAGAGGAGUGGAUGGGACUGAAGAGAGGAUUCUGGGUUUCUGGAGUAUCCUGGUGCUGUCAGUAUUAGUCGGGUCUAUCUGCUGCAUUCUCUCAUGGACACUCACUUACCUGGACUCGUACCAGGCUGGCUCACUGGCUCUGACCCACUUCAGAGAUGCAUCUGACCAGGGUUUCCUCAUGGAUUACGGUGUUGUUGUCCUCAAUGGCAUCAUGGCAAUGCUCACUGUCAUCUGGAGCCUCACCUGACAUAGACACAAACACUCACUAGUCUGGCAGAGACCCAUAUUGUACUGUAAAUGUAGAAGUAUCCGAGGAAGUCUUUGAAUUAUGAAUUGUUUGCUUGCAAAGAACCUACUUUGUUUUUUUUUUUUUUUACUGUUAAUGGUCAUGGGACUUUACCUAGUUAAAUAAAGGAUAUACAUGUUUUAUUGUUUAUUAGGAUGCUAAAUUAUACACACAUAAGUUGUGGUGUCCACACCACAAGUUACGUGUGCUUUUAUUUUGACUAGAGUAUCAACAAAAGUAUGCAAUUUUAACAUCUCAAAUAAGAAAAGGUGUUGCUACAUUUUGUCCAUGGCAAAGCUGACUGAAGUCAUGCAGCAACAUUUUGAUAAACUUAACAGUCAAAGCACAGUUGUUACAGAUUAAGAAUAGUGUGACAGUGAGCCAGCAUGCACCAUGAAACUGGGAAGGCUAAAUGGAACCCAGCCAUCAUUCAUUUGAUUAUGAAGAUGACCCUUGCACACUGGCGGGCGAACUCUCAGUGAAAACACAUUUUUAACCACUUAACAAAAGGCUAACCAAAAUCUGUGUAAAUAAACAUCUCGAUAUGUGACAUAAGGAUUGUAAGGCAAAAGGAAAGUUUAUUUGAGAUACUUUUUGCAUAGAGAACAUUGUUUUUUUCCAUGGGCACAGGAUUUCAUACAUUUAUAAAUACUUUUUCUCAGAAAUACAGAACACACACAUUCACUAUUCAUGUGCCAAGUUGACCGUCAUCUCCACUGAAGUGGGUACAAAUAAAUACAGUACCUACAAAAUAA